GUUGAACCUGGCGAACCGGAUCUACGUGAUUGCCCGCGACGCCGCGGGAAACCUCUACGACCCCGUCCGUGUGGAGAACACCUGGCGGGACACCCAGCCCUUGGUGUCGAUUGGGCCGGGCCCUGCGAAGCAGUUCGGUGACAGUGUUUUCGUGGGCCUUCCCAGCAAGUGGGAGGCGAAGCGUGCAGUGGCGGCGGAGGAAGAAGAGGGUGAACUCGGCUUGGACCUGCGCCGGUACGCCCUCGCUACAUCUGCAGGUCCUGAUUUUGACUACGGCCUGUUGGCUAUUCGGAGCACUGUCGCAGAGGCUGCGCCGUGGAUUGCCUUGGCGGUGGUGGGCGAGAGCGAAAGUGGGGAACCGAUUGUGGCACUGCCCGGCAAGGCCUGGCACCGGACCCAGUCUCGACGCUUGGUGCCUACCAGCUGCUUCCAGCUGCCCCGAGGCGCUUCUACUCGAGUGGUUGCCCCGGAGGACCGUGAGAAUCCUUUGGAGGCCCUGGCCGUGCGCGUCUGGAUCGGCCGUCUCAGUGCCGAUUGGGGCCACUACGUUGAGAUCGUGGAGAUUGGCGCGGCCGACCUGGAGCUCCGCACGGCCUUCGGAGAGCCCCUGGAGGCCGAGCACGCUGACUGCAUCCCGUUCGCCCCGACUUGGUCGAGGCGGCGGGCGACCGGCUCCACUACCAGACCGCGGAGGAGGGCACUGGCGAGGAACCCGCGGCCGGCUCCUGACGAGGCUGCUCCAGCAUGGGCCACGCGAGUGGAGGAGCUCGAGCGUGGCAUGGGCGACGUGCGCCGUGGAAUAUAG